AGCAGAGAAUCAGAGUGGACAACGAGAGCUGCUUGGAGCCAAAACAAAUUCACUUUUUCAGAAAAUGUAUUCAGUGCAGGGGCGACAUUCGCAGCGGCAACGAAAGCGACAGCCAUAGCACACAUACACACACACACACCCACAAAGUAGAGACACACACACACAAACACACAUAGUUAGGGAUUUAGGAAAGUGUAGAAAGAAAAACAAGGGAAAAGUGAGUGUACAAAGUGUAAAGUGCAAAGUGCAUUUAAGAGGCGACCGCUGAGAAAGCGAAACCGACGAAGACGCGCCGUCCUCAGAGCAGCCAGAGAAAGAGACAGCUAGAGAGAGAAAGAAAGAGACAGACAGAUAGUAAGAGGGAGAGUGAGAAGGAGAGAGGACGGAGGCGCGCGCGGGGAAAAAACGGCGAAACGGAAAUGGCCAAAUUAGUGACUUACAUCUUCAUCGUUAGUUCGCUGAUACUUUGGUAUCUGCUGCUCUUUGGCGGCUCAAGAGCGGGCGUCAGCUUCGUGCUUGGCGGCGUCGAUGCCACCAAUGGCCAUGGCAGCCAGCUGGAAGGACGAGAUUUCCAUCAUCAUGGCGGCAGUCAUCACAUACGACGCAACAUUAAUCACUGCUGGCGACGCUACGAUGGCUACAACCUGCAGAACACCAUUGUCAACAAGAAGGAGCAGCUAAAGAAACCGUAUGGCAUACUGUGUAACUUCAAGUGCACUUGGUUCUUUACAAUAAACUUUCCCACUUGCGAAUACAUUCACGACUACAAGUUAUCCUGUGUUCUGUUCACUUCACUGCCGGACUGCACCAAUGUCAAGUGCACGCUCUUAAAUUACUUUAGCUAGAUGAAGCAAUCAACAUUGUCAACUAUUGUACUCAAUUUCUAUUACAAUUUCUAGCUCUUAACUUUAAGUUUAAGUUUGUUUUUUUUUUUGUCUGUGGAUGUAAUGUUUUUUUUUUUUGU